AUGCAAACAUGGCAAAUUGAUUCUGUAGUUGUAACUGUGGUAGAUUCAGUUUCUGAAAAGGAAGACGAUUCAAAUGAAGAUGAUUCAACAGAAGAUGAUUCAACAGAAGAUGAUUCCACAGAAGAUGAUUCAACAGAAGAUGAUUCUGCUGAAGACGAUUCCACUGAAGACGAUUCGGCUGAAGACGAUUCCACUGAAGACGAUUCAACUGAAGAAGAUUCAAAUGAAGAAGAUUCAAAUGAAGACGAUUCAAAUGAAGACGAUUCAAAUGAAGAUGAUUCUUCAGAAGAUGAUUCCACUGAAGAUGACUCAACUGAAGAUGAUUCAACUGAGGAAGAUUCAACUGAGGAAGAUUCAAAUGAAGAAGAUUCAAAUGAAGAAGAUUCAAAUGAUGAUGAUUCAAAUGAAGACGAUUCAAAUGAAGACGAUUCAAAUGAAGACGAUUCAAAUGAAGACGAUUCCACUGAAGAUGAUUCUGCUGAAGAUGAUUCUUCAGAAGAUGAUUCAACGGAAGAAGAUUCAACAGAAGAUGAUUCAACGGAAGAAGAUUCAACAGAAGAUGAUUCAACAGAGGAAGAUUCAACUGAAGAAGAUUCAACAGAGGAAGAUUCAACUGAAGAAGAUUCUGCUGAAGACGAUUCGGCUGAAGACGAUUCUGCUGAGGACGAUUCUUCAGAAGAUGAUUCAACGGAAGAAGAUUCUGCUGAAGAAGACUCAGCCGAUGAUGAUUCGAUUGAUGAUGAUUCAAUGGAAGAAGAUUCUGCUGAAGACGAUCCUGCUGAAGACGAUUCAACUGAAGAAGAUUCAAAUGAAGAAGAUUCAAAUGAAGACGAUUCAAAUGAAGACGAUUCAAAUGAAGAUGAUUCUUCAGAAGAUGAUUCCACUGAAGAUGAUUCAACUGAAGAUGAUUCAACUGAGGAAGAUUCAACUGAGGAAGAUUCAAAUGAAGAAGAUUCAAAUGAAGAAGAUUCAAAUGAUGAUGAUUCAAAUGAAGACGAUUCAAAUGAAGACGAUUCAAAUGAAGAUGAUUCUUCAGAAGAUGAUUCCACUGAAGAUGAUUCAACUGAGGAAGAUUCAACUGAAGAAGAUUCAAAUGAAGAAGAUUCAAAUGAAGACGAUUCAAAUGAAGACGAUUCAAAUGAAGACGAUUCAAAUGAAGACGAUUCAAAUGAAGACGAUUCCACUGAAGAUGAUUCUGCUGAAGAUGAUUCUUCAGAAGAUGAUUCAACGGAAGAAGAUUCAACAGAAGAUGAUUCAACGGAAGAAGAUUCAACAGAAGAUGAUUCAACAGAGGAAGAUUCAACUGAAGAAGAUUCUGCUGAAGACGAUUCGGCUGAAGACGAUUCUGCUGAGGACGAUUCUUCAGAAGAUGAUUCAACGGAAGAAGAUUCUGCUGAAGAAGACUCAGCCGAUGAUGAUUCGAUUGAUGAUGAUUCAAUGGAAGAAGAUUCUGCUGAAGACGAUCCUGCUGAAGACGAUUCAACUGAAGAAGAUUCAAAUGAAGAAGAUUCAAAUGAAGACGAUUCAAAUGAAGACGAUUCAAAUGAAGACGAUUCAAAUGAAGAUGAUUCUUCAGAAGAUGAUUCCACUGAAGAUGAUUCAACUGAGGAAGAUUCAACUGAAGAAGAUUCAAAUGAAGAAGAUUCAAAUGAAGACGAUUCAAAUGAAGACGAUUCAAAUGAAGACGAUUCAAAUGAAGACGAUUCCACUGAAGAUGAUUCUGCUGAAGAUGAUUCUGCUGAAGACGAUUCUGCUGAAGACGAUUCUUCAGAAGAUGAUUCAACGGAAGAAGAUUCCACUGAAGAAGAUUCUGCUGAAGACGAUUCUGCUGAAGACGAUUCGGCUGAAGACGAUUCUGCUGAAGACGAUUCGGCUGAAGACGAUUCUGCUGAGGACGAUUCUUCAGAAGAUGAUUCAACGGAAGAAGAUUCUGCUGAAGAAGACUCAGCCGAUGAUGAUUCGAUUGAUGAUGAUUCAAUAGAAGAAGAUUCCUCUGAAGACGAAACAGCUUCUACCACAGGACAGUUUACCAAAUAUUCUAACUUGAAAAGCAAGCCGUACAUGAAAAAGUUCUGA